AUGCCGGCCGUGGCUGCACUGCGGUCCAUUAUGCGAUUGCUGGGGGUUGCCUGGCCAUAUCUCCCGUCGAGUCUUGAAGGCUUUUAUGCACCCGAAGUUGACGAGGACCCAGACUAUGCCGUCCAUGAAACUGAGGCGCUCAUCAACUUCGUUGUUUUGAAGCCUGAAUAUGUCAAGGAAACAGCCUCUUUGAAUCUCACUCUGCCUUGUACUUUGGGUGAGGCGAUUGAAGUCCUUCAAGCCGCCCGGACCACCGAGGACUUUAUCAGGUUCCCGCAUCUUCACGCGGUGAACCCACAAUCGGUGCCAGGCCACGCUGUUUUUGUCGCUGGCCCACGCUGGUACCCGGCCACAUUGAUCAUCUGCGUCAACACAAUUGCCAUCGAUGGCAGGUUGUUUGCAGCCAAAAACGGUGAAUACGCGGAUUACGAUUCCCUUUGUUGGCACGCAGACUUGCCUUCGGGCGCCGGCUAUCAGGUCUACGUAGGAGGCGACGACCAGCCGCUUUUUUCAGGUGUGCGCAUCCAUCUCUCGGAUGGGAUGCAGGCGGUGUUUGUUGCCGACGAUGAGCUGCCGAGCCCGGGCCUUCCUUUGCCUCUGCUCCUUACUCUCAGUGAACCUUGGCAAGCCCCAAGCGAGCUGCCCGAGCCUAACAUCAGGGAUGCAUAUCUCUUAGUCUCGAAGGAUAGUCACAUGCUGCACAUAGAGGACUUUGGCCAACCUUUCAGGUUCCGAGAAAACAUCGCAGCACGGGCAGGGCUGCGCUCGCAGGCGUUCCACAUCCUGCCGGCAUUCGGAAUGUCGCCAUCGAUGGGGUCACCUGUCGCACCAUUCUUGCUGCGUGCACCUGUGCCGAUGGUGUCGAUCGGUGUCGGGGAGGGCAUCAGAUUUGUCUGUCGCGACGACCAGACCAUCGAUCUUGGAUCCCUUGAAGAGGCUUUGGCUGAGGCAGCCCCCAUCGGCUGGGGGCCACAGAUCCGGUACGAAGAUUGGUCCGAGCUUAGCCCACCAUGCCACCCCGGGGCGGUUUUCACGGUUGAGUACGUGCCAAACAUGCCGCCGGAUCCUGGGGCGGAAGAGGUUGCUCAGGCCGGUGCCUCCGGCACUGAAGACGCAGGCAAAAAUGAGCAGCAAGGAGGUCAGCAGGCCGGGGCGGCCCGGAACCGCGAGGCUAGGUUUUCCCGUGACACCGGGGACCCACAAUCCCCUGCCGAUGACGACCUCUCCAAUGGUGAUGAAGGGGCGGGGGGCCCCGCUCUAAGCCCCGACACCGCCCUUGAUGGAGGUUUUUUGCCCCUGCAGUUUUUGCUCUAUUCACCGGAGUACAAGCCCGAAGGCAUUGCGCCGGGCCUGAUCACAUCGUUGCUAUUCUCGGCCACCAUUCCCAGAUGCGGGCCGCUGAAGAUCAUCGGCGCAGCCCCAGGCUUAUCCCGGCGGGUUUUUGCUGCCUGUGUCCCGCGCUUCUUCACCAAAAAGGAUGCACUCUUUAUGGCUCAGGUCGAUCCGCUUACGGAUUGCGAAGUCUUCCAUCGCGACGUCCCAUGGCCCAUCCCGGAUGGGUACUGGAUUUACCCCGAGGAGGGUGAUUUGAUCGCGUUCCACCCCGCAGGCGUGCUUCAGGCACAUGGGGGCGGAUUUCACCAGCUUCUUCAAGGGGAGAUGCGAGCUGGACCCCUUCCCGUCGGCCUGUGGGACUCAGAAAUAACCUGGGUGCUGUCCGAUGGGCCUCACGUCGCAGUCCCUGUCCCUGAGGAUCAAUUCGCCCUGAACAGCGCUCAGGCUGCAGCUGCGCUUGGUUUAAGGCCCGGCCACUUUCUGUUGGUCCCUACUACACCAGAGAUCGUCGACCAUGCUCGGCACGGGACGCCAUCCCGCCGAGCGCUCAUUGCAGUGCAGGCUGAGGGAGAGCAGGAUGUCAGUGUCAGGCACAGUGUCCCGUAUGUGUUUGACAUGCGGCCAAUACACCUGUAUCUGUCCUCUGCCUCGGCCCCGGACGGAGUCGUUGACAUUGUCGCAAUUUGCGACAGGUUGAAGUGGCGCUGCCCACGAGGGUUCCAUGUCCGCAUCUACGGGGGGGUUUCUGACGCCGAAGCCGGAAGCCACGUGCGGCGAGUUGUCGCUGGAGACAUUAUCACUGCUGAAUUCCACCCUGAUUUUGUGAGGGAGGUUGUGCUGACCAGGCAAGAGAGGCGCCCAGUGCACUACCCGGACCGGCGGGGCGCGGCUCCACCGAUGGAGGCACAGGUGGUCGAUGAUCCAGGGAGGCAUGUUGCCGAUGAAGGCGACGCCUCGCUUCCGGCAGUGCGCCCCGGGUGGCUUCUUGGCUUUGUCCUCUUGGGCCGGCCAGGGGCUGCUCUCCUUCAAUUCCGGACGAUCACGGCGCUCCCUGUGGGCCGCCCCAUGCUGCUCGCCCUCUCCCCACGCCAUGCCGCGGCCGUUUUUCAGAUGCAGCCCAGGUCGGCCGUGACCUGCCCUGCAGGAGGGGGGGAGGACCUCCAGGCCUUUCUCACGAUGCCGUGCCAACUCGCUGCCCUCGACCGCGUCAUGCGAUUGGCCCCUGCUGCAGAUGUCUCCAAGCUCUUUAGUGUCGGAGUUGAUGCCACAGGCCUUACGGAUACACGCCUCCAUUGCUUCACUGAUGGCUCGUUUACUGCCUCGCGUGGGGACAGACGAGCCAAGCUCGGUUGGGCGUGUGUGCUUGUUGACCCAGUACAUGCGCGCAUAGGCCUUUUGUCGGGAAGGCGACCUGACUGGCUGCCAGAAGACUCUGACCCCCCGUCAGCUUUCGUUGCUGAAUGCCUUGCACUUGAGGUUGCGCUCCGGCUGUGUGGCACCGCGUUAUGGCAUGUCCCGGUUGUCAUUCGCAGCGACUGCUUUUCCGCUCUGGAAAUCGCGGCUGGGCGUGCACUCAGCACUGGCGAGGGUGUCGCUGGGGUGCUUCGGCACGCGGGGUCCUUCGGCCGUGCUGCAGCGCGCUAUCCGCCGGUUCUCGAGCAUGUUCGAGGUCAUACCGGUUGCCUCUUUAACGAAGUUGCUGAUGUUGUGGCUAAACUGGCAGCAAACGGGCAGGACCUUGGGGCCUUUGUUUCCCCGGGAAGGGACGGUGGAUCCACAGGGGCGUGCAGUUCCGAUGCCGGGCUCACACCACUCCAGUGCAUUGAACCCUUUCUACCUUUCGUCAACUCCGAACCCCACGCCGAGCGCAAAACCGGCCGCCUCCUCUUACACCUUGCCACCUACAAUGUUCUGUCUCUGUGUGGUAAAGCCUUUCAGGACGACCGCACUGCUGGUCUCGCCUUUGUGCCUGCCAGACCGGCCAUCCUUGCUGCAGCCUUCCAUGCCUGUGGCGUCACUGUGGCGGGAGUUCAGGAGGCUAGGACGGAAGAAGGCCGGUUGACCACUGAGGGCUUCCUGCGGAUUUGCUCCGGAGCGACUAAAGGCCAGUUCGGUGUUGAGCUUUGGUUCAAGGUCGGUUGCCCGGUCGUCAUUAGUGACGAGGACAGUUCCGCACUUGUCACGUUCGAACCAGCGUCAUUCACCGUCUUGCAUGCGGACCCUCGAAGGUUGUUGGUUCUUUUCUCUGCCGCUGAUGUGCGAUUUCUCUUUGUGGCACUGCAUGCUCCGCAUAGGGGUGCCGAGGGCCAUAUCCUAGAUAGCUGGUGGUCAGAAACCCUGCAACUUCUUGAGAAGCAUGCCGCUCGAGGGUCGGUUUUCUUGCUCGGGGACUUUAAUGCGGCGGUUGGUUCUCUUACUUCCUGCUCCGUUGGGGAUCAUGACGCCGACGCCCAGGAUCCCGCCGGCGACUUUUUGCAUGACACCCUGCAGCGACUGUCCCUCUGGCUACCUGCCACGUUCUCGUCAGUCCACGACGGACCAAGUGGCACAUACGUGCAGAAGAGAAAUCAGGCAGAGAGUAGAAUUGACUUUGUUGCCAUUCCGGGGUUCUUUUCGCAGAGUCAAGUUUGGUCCUGGAUUGAGCCCAGUAUCCAUGCUGGCCAGCCCAUCAUUGACCACCUUGCGGCCCUGGUAUCUGUCUGUGCCCGUAUUGUCACGAGCCGGGGGAAGCCUACGACCAAGCGUCCUCGCGUCAACGCCAGCUUGUUGCUGACUCCUGAGGGGCAGGCAUGUGUGGCCAAGGUCGUUACUAGUGCCCCUCAGGUGCCGUGGGAGGUUGGGCCGGACGCUCAUGCGGCGCUUGUGGUCGCGCACUUGCAGGAGGGGCUGAAGGAAGUUGUUGCCGUGCAGGGUAAACAACCCAAGCAUCCUUACAUUUCACAGGAGACCUGGUCUCUUCAGAGGCAAGUCGCGGGGAUCCGUCGGCGCCUCUCCAGGCUUAAGGGGGCCGUUCGGUCCCAAGAACUUGCUUCUGCAUUUGCCUCUCUCCGGCUAGGGCAUGGAGGACCGCUGCGUACUUGCUGGGGCUCUGCCUGGAUGCAAUCGGCCCGUGGCACUUCAAUCCAACUGGGCCAGGCCCUCCAGUCUGCCUCUAAGCAGUUGCGUGCGGGGUGCAAAGCCGACCGUGCUCACUUCCUGAGUAACCUAGCAGACUCUGUUAGCGCAGGAGGGCAAUCCGCGCAUGAGGACCUCCGAAGACUCCUGUGUAUGCGAAAGCGCAAGCCUUUCGCACCAGAACUGUUGCCGCAGCUCCUUGAUGAGAAAGGUGAACUUUGCGGAGAUCAUGAUGCCACUCUGGCCAGAUGGCGGCGGCACUUCAGCCGGCUUGAGGGCGGUGUGGUACUUGAGCCUCAGAGCGUCGCCGCCUUGCGCCCGCCUCCUCCCUUUUGUCCUGAGGCCGUACCUGCGGAGGAUUUCCCGACCCCUGCAGACCUGCUGGGAGCCAUACUGCACACGAAGUCCGGCAAAGCGUGUGGGCCGGACGGCAUCCCCGCCGAAUUCGGUAAGGCUGACCCAGUUGCCUUCCAACAGCUCUUGUGGCCUCUCUUACUGAAGGUCGGUCUUUUGUGCAAGGAACCUCUGGGUUUCAAGUCUGGAAUUUUGACUUGGCUCUACAAAGGGAAGGGAUUCUGCGCCCUUUUGGGUCAAGCCGAUCCAGGCACCGUUCUGCACACUGAACGCCUCCGCUAUGCGCGCCAGCUAGUGUGUAAUGGGCCCGAAGUCUUGUGGGCUUUGGUGCGAUGUGACAAUGCCUACCUGUGUGGUGUCCGGGAAGCCUUCCGGUGGUUGUUUGCUUGGGUCCGUGCCACCACUGCUCUCCCAGCGCUUGAGGUUGUUCGCACCUCCUGUUAUGCUGCAUUGCAGGCCCUCCUGCGCUCCCUUGAGCAGAUUGGCGGCGCGCGUGAGGCCGCAGUCAGGGCGGAGGGCGAGCGCCCUGAUCGGUAUACCGAGGCCUGCCUCAUCUGCCGCAUCGCCUUCCCCACGAGGGCUGCGUGGUCCGUGCAUGCGGCCAAGAAGCACGGGUACCGCGCCCCCACGACCCUUCUUUCCAAGGAGGUUGAAAAGCCAUUGUGUCUGGGGUGCGGCCGCCUGUACGCGAACGCCGCUCGCCUGCGCCGGCACCUGUUGCACUCUGCUAAGUGCCGUGAGGGAUGGGGGAGUUUCUGCCCAGAUGUUUCUGAGUGUGGAGCGCUGCACCCGCAGAUGCCUCCGCUUCGUGUGGCUGGCACCGUCCACGCCGGGGUGUGGCAGACUCUGCUGGAUUUCGCAGAGCCACUUGAUGUCCUCAAGCAGUCGUUGCAGGACUGGGCCACGCACCCCGAUGCUGUUCCUGCCGCGGCUGAACUCGCCGAGGAUGCCCGUCUCUUGCUCGACCCAGAACUCUGGUGCGAAGAUUUCAGGAAGGGUAAGGGUCGUGCGCAAGGUUUUCAGGCGUGUGUGGACUUACGGCAGCCCGUUGCAUGCCGCUUCGACUUUGUCCUUACCGGGGUCAAGGCUGAAUUCCGGGUCGACGACCCACCGCUCCCGGAGUUCGUUUACCCCUUUCGGCACAGUGUUCCGCUUACGGCCGCUCGCCGGCAUUUGGCCUGGCUUGAGCAUGCCUGUGACACCUUUGGUGCCUUCCUGUCUGCAACCCAGUCGUCGCCA